CCGAACAUACAAACCUUGUGACAGUCUCAGAGUCGUCAAAAACCAUCUCAAUUUCCACAAAACCCUAAUCAAAAUUGAGAUCUCAAAUCCCACAAAACCCUAAUCAAAAUCAGCUGAUUCAGAUUGAAUGAUGAAUAAAUCAACUCUGCUGAUUGUACUUAUAUUAUUUGUAUACACAUUUGUACCAUCUCUUUGCUCCAAGAAAGCAGCUGCUGGGGUAGCCAGAAAAGAAGACAUUCCGUACAUUAAAUGUGGGGUUUGUCAAAAACUCACAAAUCAAUUGUAUCAGCAAGUUGAGGCUAAACAACAGCAGAUCUCUCCUAAAAAGAUUUCGGAGUAUGAAAUUAUCGAGAUUGCGGAGAAUGUUUGUAAUUUGAAGAAACAAGAAGCGGAUUGGAUUCUGAAAAUUGAUAUUGUUGAAGAAGGAGAUAGAUUGGAGCUUGUUGAAUAUGACUCUGAAGGACAGUGUAAUUCAGAAUGCAAAACGAUUGAGCGGGCUUGUCAAGAGAUCAUGGGGUACUAUGAUACAGAUGUUGCAGAAUUCUUGUACAAGAAAAAACCCCAGAUUACUCAGUUGGUUGAUUAUCUCUGUAAAGACCUCAGUAAAGCAUGCAGUACCAAGCCACCUCCGGUUCCUAAGGGAAGGACUCCUGGUGAAGCAUUUGUCCCGAAGUCAGUGAAGGAAGCAGAAAUGGAGAAGCUUAUGAAAUCCAUGGAGGGUAUGCCUGGUGCACCUGGCAUGAAAAUGUAUUCGAGGGAUGAUCUGAUGAACAACAUGCAAAAUCUCGGAAACGAGGAUGCAGAUGAGGAAGAUGAUGAUGAUGACGACUCAGAGUUUCCCUCAAACCUGGGAAAAGUUUUGAGGCAAAAAGAAGCUAAAAAGGAUGAUUGGAAACAGAAGAUUACAAAAGGAAUCCAAGACACAAGUGAAGUAUUACGCAACCACGCAAACAAAGUCUCCCACCGAGUCAGACAGUGGUGGAGAGGAAAGAAAGCAAGUUCCAGCAAAGUUGAACUUUAGUCCCAUGACACAACUUUGUCAGAAAACCCUUGGGCAUAUUUACCUUCUCGCAUGUAUAAUUUUAUUUUUGAUAGAGGAAACAGACAUUUACAUAGCAACUUUCAGAAUAGAUUGCCAUUAAAAUGUUUCAGAACAGGGAGACUUUGUUUGCAUGUCUUGCUUAAAAUAUGAAUACUACGGGCAUUUUGUUCA